ACUUUUGCCAAAACAGACCAUGAGCUGAAAAAAAUAAUUGGCCUUUAUUUCCUAUGUUUUUGUUGUAAAAAAAUUUUUGGACACUAAUUUUAAUAAAUUUAGUUGAAAAAAAAAAUGGACCAUGUGCAUGAGCACCUCCCGCACAUGCCUAGAGCCGGGCCUGGAUACGACACUUCGCUUCCUGGGGAUGAUAUCAAGGCGUUGACGGAUCAUUUCCGUUCAUGUGGAGCAAUCGCUAAAGUUGAAAUCCCUGUGGACAGACCCGCUUCUGUUAUUAUCAUCGGAGAUGACGCAAAUGACAAGGCGUUGGAACUUAAUGGAAGUGAAUUGGGUGGACGGAAACUUGUUGUUACUGCUAGGCCUUUUCAUAUGCUGGUAAGAAAGGAUGUUCCUUUUGGCUCCACUGUCCCAGCUACACAAAUUUCGGAGGAGUAG